AUUUUUUUUUUCUAGUUUUUUUACGGCACUACUGUGAUUUUUAACAUGACGAUUUGUUUAGGGUAUGAUAGCGCCUUAUAAAAUUUCACAUAAAAAGUCUAAACAAACUAACAAUUUCGCGAUUGUUCUGAAUAUUGCUUUAUAUGUGUUAACCUUCAGACUAUUCAAUUUGCGAUUGAUUGCUGUGGCUGGAGUCGCCAAUAAGCUAGCAAGAAGUGCAGACGUUCAUUCAACAUUAAUAGCAGUUCGCUCCAUCACAACAUUCAGAAGAAUGGCAAGUCUACCUCAUUACGCCUCUGGAGAAAUUGUUCCUGGAUUUGGACGUGGCUCCAAAGAACUUGGAAUACCUACUGCCAACUUUCCACUCGAUGUUGUACAGGCUCUACCAUCGGAUUUCGUCACUGGAGUCUAUUACGGUUGGGCGAAUAUAGAUAGUGGAGAAGUUCAUAAAAUGGUCAUGAGCGUAGGCUGGAAUCCAUUCUAUGAAAACAAACAGAAGAGCAUGGAGACGCAUAUAUUACAUGAAUACAACAGAGAUCUCUACGGCUGUAUACUUAAAGUAAUUAUAGUAGGCUACCUACGACCAGAAAAGAACUUUGACUCUCUAGAAGCGCUAGUGGCUACAAUCAAAAAAGACAUAAACGAUGCAGAGGUAGCUCUUGACAAUCCAGAGCACCGGUAUUUGAAAGAUUCAAAUUUCUUUACGGAAACACAAAAAGAAUCCAACAAUAAUGGCACCUCAGAAAAAGUGUGAUUAAAUCUUUAGCGUUUAUUCAAAAUGAAACUCAAAUUCCUGGUGGUUACUUAAUUUAUUAUCAUAAUGUAAAUGGUAUUUUUGUUAUAUUUUUUUUUUAUUAUCGCCGUUAUAUUCUUUUUAUGUACAAACAUAACGACAGAAAAAAUAAUGUGUAGUUAAAUUUUAAACAAUCAAAAAAAUGAAUUACAUAGUGCAAUUUUUAAAUUUA